AUGUCGUCGUCCAUUACGCGGAACACAGCCACGGCGCCUUCGCAGGUCAUUGUUGUUGGUUCGGGUCUCGCGGGGCUCAGUGCCUCUUCCGAGCUCGUCGCCAGGGGUGUUCCGGUACAAAUUCUCGAGCGCCAGCAGAAGCCUGGCGGGAACUCGAUCAAGGCGUCGAGCGGCAUCAAUGGCGUCCCGACCCGGUUUCAAGUCCCUGGCUCGGACACUGUGGCGGACUUUUACAACGACACGCUGAGAUCCGCUGGUGCGAGCUUCAGAGCCGCCAGGACAGAGGCGAGGCAGAAGCUCAUCACCGAGCUUACCGAUUCCUCCGCGUCGGCGAUCAACUGGCUCGUGGAAGAAAAAGGGGUGGACCUGUCACAUGUCGCUCUGUUGGGUGGCCAUAGCCAUGCGCGGACGCAUCGAGGAGCAGGGCCAACUCCGCCCGGAGCCAGCAUUGUCUUGACACUGCUAAAACAACUCCAAGCGAGUCCUCUUGUGACUCUCCAGACAGCUACUACCGUGACCAAGAUCCUGAAAUCGGAUGGGGAAGUUGUAGGGGUGCAGGUCUCUCGCGAUGGCAAGCCGGAGACCCUCGAAGGCCCUGUGGUUUUCACCGCUGGUGGAUUCGCUGGCGACUCGACAGGUCUCCUCGCGCAAUACCGACCAGACCUUGAGGGGUUCCCGUCCACCAACGAAGCGCUCCCCGGGUCGCAGACUUUGCUAACUGACGUUGGUGCGCAUCUGGUCGAUAUGGAACAAGUCCAAAUCCACCCGACGGGGUUCGUGGAUCCAAAGGACCCUUUCAAGCAGACAAAGUUCCUCGCAGCCGAAGCCCUCAGGGGCGAAGGCGGAAUCCUCGUCAGACAGGGCAAGAGGUUCAUCAAUGAACUGAGAACGAGAAAGCAAGUAACAGAGGCCAUCCUGGCACAGGCCCCGAAAGACUCACAACCGACCAAGCAGUGGGAUAUCCAGAUCUUGAUGGACGAGGGCGCAUAUCAGGCCGCAAAAUCACACGUCGACUUUUACAUGUGGAAAGGGCUGAUGCGGAAGACGACAAUAUCCGAGCUCGACCAUGCCGACGAGGCUCUCGAGACGAUGAAAGAAUAUGGUGCCACCGUUCAAGGUACGAGUGCCGAUUCUCUGGGUCGCUCGUCAUUUGGACAGUGGGCAUUACAAGAUCCAAAGCCCGACUCGACCGUCUAUGUCGGCUCCGUCACUCCCGUCGUGCACUAUACCAUGGGCGGAGCUAUCUUCUCGCCCGAGGCAGAAGUUCUUGACAGCGCCGGACAGCCGAUCAAGGGCCUCUGGGCGGCUGGGGAGUCCACGGGUGGCAUCCAUGGCGACAACCGGCUGGGUGGAAGCAGUCUGCUCGAGUGUGUGGUGUUUGGACGCAUCGCGGGUCAGAAUGCUGCAAAGUUCUUGGGUGCAUAG